AUGGUUAUAUGUGGAGAAAACUAUCAUAGGAUUGGUUCAUUGUUGCCUCCUGAUGGUGAAAAACCAAAGUUUGCCCAGCUUUAUAUUUUUGAACCGGAGAAUGAAAUCGACAAUCGCUUGGCGAACUUCGCAUCCCGUGAUGGUCUACUUAUGCCAGAGCUGCUCACUUCAUUGCUCCAAAUGCUGGAUCAACAUAAUCAGCUCGUCAAAACGUUCAGGCGAGUUCGGCAGCAGCUUCAGGAUUCUUUGACAACGAAUUUAAAGCUACGAAUAUUUGGAGCGAAGAGCAGGAAUCGGCAAUAUGAUUUGCCAAGCAGCACUGAAGUUGCAGCGCUUAUACCAGGUGAUUUCGUGCCAGACAGAGAUGAUCGCGAUAUAAUAGUUGAUCAUGUCUGA